UAACAGGUCUUAUUGUACUACGACGAUCGACCGAAGCAAGUGUUAAAGCGACAGCGUUCCUUUUCCUCUUUUUAAUUCCGAGUGUCAAUUGUUCCGGGGAAACAGUGAAACGUGCAGCGAGAUUUACGCCAAAUUUGCAAGAUGCAUAUCCUAAAACAUAAAGCCGUCUACUUCACGCUGAUGCUCGUGGUUCUGAGCAUGUGUAUGGACCAAACGGAAGCACGUCGCAAGAUUCUUCGUGGACGCCGUACCAUUAACCGGACAUUCAAACGUGGACCAUUCAUACCGGCAUGGGCCAUCAUCACGAUCGUCGCGAUAGUGAACCUACUGAUCGGUGGCAUAGCUUAUUUGAUAUUCCGGAAAGUGGUCCUGAACCAGCCAAUCGAAAACGUUACCUCAUACACGCCAGCCAUGCAGGAUGAGUACGGGUCGUGAGCUGGUCCAAUUACGCGGACAAAAGUCCGAAUCCUUCACCACCAUCAUCCAUUCCUUACUAACCUCAAUUUGUUAAGCUUCCAACCUUCCAAGACACACACGACGAAAACUGAAUCCUUCCGGUAGUUUGUAAGCAAAACCAAAUGACCUUCACCGGUAACGCUACCGUAUCAACAGUCAAUAAAGAGAUGCUAAUC